AUGCCUGACACCACGAAGAUACUCCGCCUUCCGGAGACAAUGGCCAGCUGGCCAUGGCUGAGGAUGAUCAACCCUCAUUACGAAGAAGUUAAGACGGAAUCUAAUUCGUGGUUCAAGACUUUCAAAGCUUUUACAUCGGAAUCGCAACGUGCAUUCGACAAGUGCGACUUCUGCAGGUUGGCAGCUCUGGCAUAUCCCUGGAGCAGCAAGGAGCACCUUCGCACAGGAUGCGACCUCAUGAAUUUGUUCUUCGUCAUUGACGAAUACACCGACGUCGAGGAUGUGGCGACCUGUCGCCAAAUGGUAGACAUAGUCAUCGAUGCGCUGAACAAUCCCUACAAGCCUCGUCCUGAAGGAGAAAUAUUGCUCGGUGAGGUCGCACGGCAGUUUUGGGCCUUGGCUAUCAAAACAGCCAGUCUUAGUUCCCAGCGACAUUUUAGCGAGAGCUUCACGGCAUACCUUGAAUCAGUCGUGGCGCAGGCCGCCGACCGUGCCAGUGAUACCAUCCGUGAUAUCGACGGCUACUUCGCAAAUAGGCGUGAAAAUAUUGGCGCACGGCCUUCAUACGUUCCACUAGAGCUUGGGUUGGACCUUCCAGACGAGGUGUUUUACCAUCCGGUCAUUAUCGAGUUGUCUGGUUAUAUAACUGACCUUAUCAUUCUUGACAACGAUCUUGCUUCAUACAACAAGGAGCAGGCCCACAGAGACGACCGACACAACAUCUUGACAGUUGUUAUGCAUCAGUACGGUUAUGUCCUUGACAAAGCGUUGGAGUGGCUAGCAAACUACCACACUGAGGUCGAAACUAAGUUUCUCGACGGUCUCAAAAGAGUGCCGUCUUGGGGGGCCGAGAUCGACAAACAGCUCGACCAAUAUCUUCUUGGAUUGGCAAAUUGGCCGCGGUGCAACGAUUGUUGGAACUUCGAGAGCGGUCGCUAUUUCGGCAUCAUGGGUUUAGAAUUUCAAAGGACUCGUAUGGUGCCGCUAUUGCCGAAAGUUGUCCAUAAUCGCAUCCUACGACGUGAGGAGGUAGUUGUCCCUUUGGUCGAAUAA